AUGAGGUGUGAGGAAGGCCGGAGGGCGAUGCCUAAGAACCAGGGCCGAAGCCACGGCACUCCCCGCAGGCCAGAGGGAGGCCGUGACGUCCUCCGCCACGCCGCUCCCCGGAGGCCCGAGGGAGGCCGUGACGUCCUCCGCCACGCCGCUCCCCGGAGGCCCGAGGGAGGCCGUGACGUCCUCCGCCACGCCGCUCCCCGCAGGCCCGAGGGAGGCCGUGACGUGCUCCGCCACGCCGCUCCCCGCAGGCCCGAGGGAGGCCGUGACGUGCUCCGCCACGCCGCUCCCCGCAGGCCCGAGGGAGGCCGUGACCUCGUCCGCCACGCCGCUCCCCGCAGGCCCGAGGGAGGCCGUGACCUCGUCCGCCACGCCGCUCCGCGCAGGCCAGAGGGAGGCCGUGACCUCGUCCGCCACGCCGCUCCCCGCAGGCCAGGGAGGCCGUGA